CUUCCUGUGGCAUUGCUCUUGUGUCUUUUGAAUUUGACUUGUUGACUGUUUUCAAGAUCAGUGAUAAUGGUGAAACUUCACAUCAAGAAAGGGGAUGAGAGCCGGUUUCUUUAUGAGACUACAGUGGACAUACCAAUUGAUGAUCUCAUGAAAGAUGCAGUGGCAAUAUACAAUGGACAGCUUAAAGUGGAAAGGAUAUGUGCAGACAUGGAUUUCCUUGCCAAACAUGGCACUAUGCUGCCUCCCAAUAUGGUGGGACUUACAGACGACCAGAUUGUUGACUUGAAGCUGAAAGAUGAGUGGGCAGACAAAUGUGUUCCCAGCGGAGGGUUUGUGGAGAACAAAGACCAGCUUGGAAGACGAAAUGGGAAUGCUCCAAACGAAAAAAUGGCUGAAGUUCUAACAAAAACUAUGCAAGAAGCUAAGGAUAUGGUAUCAAAGAAGUUGGCAAAACAAGGGGUCUGUAUGACUCAGGCUAAAGUAAAAGAAGCAAUAGACAUUUUACGUGGAGCAGUAAUGAUAGUGUAUCCAAUGAACUUGCCUCCACACGAUCCAAUCAGAAUGGAGUUUGAGAAUACUGAAGAUUUGGAGGGAACACAGGUGUGUUAUUAG